UGAGCGUCCAAAUCAUCCGAAAUAAGCUGUUUUGCUUGGCCUAAUGUGGGUUUUACUUGUGCUGGAACACCACUCGAAGAAUUUACAAAAUUUGCCAACGUAAAACAACAAUCACUUUUUCUAGACACUGCUACACCCCAAUCUUUCCCACACCCUCAGAAGACUGAAUAAUAACUCUCCAGCAGCUGUCUUAAUGGCCCUUUUUUUACGAAACUUUUGCGUAAUGAAACCGACUUAAGCGAGCAAUAAAACUGGCGCCGUUUAAAUUGAAAUUCAGCAGGAUGUCAAAGUCGAAUUCUUCCACCAGAAGCAAUUCGAUGGAGACUUCUGCAGAAUGCGACAGCGAGGUGUGCAGUCCCCAGAGGGACGUCCCCGCCAUUCUGGAGGCGGCGGAGGGGCAGGAGGUGGUGCCGUCCAGCCCGCCGCCGUCCUACGAACACGUUCUCGAAGAGACAAGACUCAAGGCCCAAGCGGACGCCUCAUCUCCAGUCAAUCCGGCCAAAGGCCCGGAAAUAAUGCACAAAUCGAGCAAGGAACUGUAUCGUGCUGUGGCCAAGCAGUUCGGGAUAACGUGUAAGAUGUCGGAUCAGUGUCGUUGUUUCGACUGCCAAAGCCAUUAUUUCGACUGCGAGUACGAACAGAACGAGCAGGAAAAGACAGACGGGGGCCUUGGAGCUGGAACACCAAUGUUCAUAUCGGAAGUAAUGCACGGCACUGCCUGCACCAUACUCUAAUAACUCUAUUUUAUCGAAAACUGAUCGAAUUUCGAGGGCGGAACGCCGACAGAGCUUUAAUAUUAUUCAUACGUACCUAAUCAAAAAAAAAAUUGAAGAGUAAAAACGUCUGGCUUUACAGUGAAUGAUGCGCACAUUUUAUUAAUGGGUUUGUUUUAACGUAAUUCUCGUUAGUGUAAUAAAAUGUAGACUAGCAAGUAGUUCGUGUUGUAAAUACAAAACACUUGUAACAUAUAGCAUGGGAUAGCUGCUUUCAAACGAUCUCAAUUCAAGUUGUACGCAAGAGGUGGCCUAACAGUUGUUACCGCGUAAUGUAGAACAUUUUCCAACUGGGUUUUUUUAUCACCGG